AAUUGACAGGUUGGCUAGCAGUGAGUCUGCAUCUCUGACUCACUCUGUUUGUCUCUCUCUCGCUCUCUCUCUCUCUCUCUCUCUGUCUUUCUCUCCUGGACCACCAUGCACACCAGAGGAAACUGCUGCUGCUGUUCCUUUGAAGACUAUAAGCUAACCACAGAAUGGCUGCUGAACCAGACCAGCCAUCGGCCAAAGAUUGCCGUCAUCUGUGGCUCCGGCCUUGGUCUGUUGGCUGAGAGUGUGACCGACAAACAGAGCUUCCGCUACCAGGACAUCCCCAACUUCCCCAUUACUACCGUCCCAGGUCACGAGGGCCGGCUGGUGUUUGGGAAUAUAAAAGACAAGUCAUGCGUCUUCAUGCAAGGCCGCUUCCACCUGUAUGAGGGCUACUCACUAUGUAAGGUGACUUUUCCUGUGCGGAUCUUCAAGCUGAUGGGUGUCGAGACCAUAGUGGUGACCAAUGCAUCUGGAGGACUCUGCCCUGACUUCAAAGUGGGAGACAUCAUGAUCAUCAAAGACCACAUCAACCUACCAGGCUUCGCUGGCCAACACCCUCUAUGUGGACCCAACGAUGAACGGUUUGGGAUUCGGUUCCCCUGCAUGUCAGAUGCCUACAGUAAGGAACUGCGCAGGCUGGCUCUGGACAUCAGCACUGAGCUGGAAUAUACAGACUUUGUUAGGGAGGGGGUCUACUGCAUGGUGAGUGGGCCCAACUUUGAGACCAUCGCCGAGGCUCGCAUGCUGCAGAUCCUGGGCAGUGACUGUGUGGGGAUGAGUAUAGUACCGGAGGUGACGGUAGCUAAGCACUGUGGUCUCAGAGUCUUGGGUCUCUCUCUCAUCACCAACAAGGUGUCUGUGGACUACAGCAGGGAGGAGAAAGUCCACCACGACGAAGUUCUUCAUAUCAGUAAGAUGAGAGCAGAGAUGAUGCAGAAACUCGUCUACACCCUGGUCUCCCGCUGCCACCUCGUCCUCCCAUCCAUCAACACAAACUAACACCUCCCCAUCACCUCCUCCCAUCCAUCAACACCAACUAACACCACGUUGUUUUUUUGUUUUUUUUGUAUGUGUGACAUGUUAGUGGACAAAAGUACUUUGAUAGGUAGGCUUUCAGGACUGUACGGCUGUGGCACAGUUCAACCAGCAGGGGCUGCGCUGCUGGUGGAUUUACCACAGCAGAUGUAGAUAUUGUGUUGGCGUAGAAAUGCUGUGAUUUCAUCCGGAAUUGAUGUAUUUUAUUGAAAUAAAGCCAUGUAUUUCAGAUGAUCACUUUCCUAGUCAAGUCAAUUUCAUUUGUGUAGCCCGGUAUCACAAAUUACACAUUUUCCUCGUUUUGCACUUCCCCUAUAAUAAACGUUAGAAAAGAUAAGUUACAUUUCAGUGUCGCACAACAGAAACAGAUAUUUUUUGGACCCGUGGUUUAAACAGUAGAGUGUGUGUGUGUGUGAGAGAGAGAGAGAGAGAGAGAGAGAGAGAGAGAGAGAGAGAGAGAGAAAGAGAGUGUGUGUAUGAGAAAGAGAGAGAGGAGAGUGUAUGUGUGUGUGUGUGUGUGUGUGUGUGUGUGUGUGUGUGUGUAAUGUCCAUGUGCCAUUUUGUUAUUCAUCAUUAACCCCCAUGCUGUCUCCCUGGGGAGUGUUAGACAGGUCUUUGGCCAUGCUGGAGGCCGACAACCCCCCAUGUCUUCUUCAUAUCACAACAAAUCCCUCCUGGUCUCAGCAUCAUGGCGAAUUGGCUUUGUUUGGUCUGCUCUUCCAGUGACUCAUUUUUUAUUCCUAAACUAGUGUGGAGAACUAAAGAUGGAUUUCUGGCGAUAGCCGGGCUCUUUUAUCUUUCCGUAUUCAGAAUCGCUGCAUGUGACCUUUGUGAGUA